AUGAUGCGCCUUCUCUUUCUCAUCUGGUGGCGGCAUGCUGCAGGACUCGCGGUGCGCACCAAUGCCACAGCACCAGUGGACUUUGUGCUCUAUGUGGGAGCUCCCCGCACUGGCACGCAGACCAUGUACAUCGCGCUGCAGGACCUAGGCUUCAACCCGCUGCACAGCGGCUACAACGAAUCCGCCCGCGACGCGCCCUGCCAGUAUCUCUUUGGGAAUGGCACGAAGGAAGAGGCGUUAGAAGUUCUGAGAGGCAGGGACGCUGCCAUGGACGAACCCUUCCAGUUCCUCUACAAGGAGAUAAUGGAAGCCUACCCUCACUCCAAGUUCAUUCUUCCGAAGGUCGACCUGGACGAGUGGAUCCAAUCCUACCAGAACUUUUUCAAGAAGAUGAUUAUCCCCAAGAUUUUGAAUUCAACAGAAGAGUUUGAGGCUUACGGCAUGAACAAAGCAUCGGCCUACGUCGCAGUACAGGCCGGCUACGAGAUGAUCUGGCAUGAAACCUUCACCAAGAACCACUGCGACGCGGUGCGCUACUGGCCUACUUGCCAGUUUCAGUGGGGCGAUCUCAUGACCGACUCUAUGAAGCAGGAGUGCAAGAAGGGCUUCCAGGAUCAUAUCGACAAAGUCCGGAAGACCAUUCCCGCAGAUCGGCUCCUCACGUUCGAUCUCGCGGAGGGCUGGGACACCUUGGCCCCCUUCUUGGGGAAGCCGAUCCCAGAGCAGCCGUUCCCCUACGUGGAUCACUUCAGCGACUCCGCCCCCAAGAUCGGGGGCAAUGGCGACGGGCACAUCCCCAUGGAGGCGAGGGGAGGCUCCUGGGACUUCUCCGGCACGUCCUUGGUGCAGCGAUCCUCCCAGCGGCUCCCGCGCGCCGAAAAGAAGGGCGAGCUCUGA